CACAUCCGCACGCAUGCUCAAUCAUGAUAAGGUUUAUGCCCUGGAGUUGAGUUGAAAACAAAAACGUCUUCUGCUCACCGAGAUACACGCGAAGAAGAUAUUUACGAUUGCAAAGGUUACUAAAAGAAAACUGUUUUAUUAAGUCGUUAACAGAGAAUAUGAAGAGGCGUAAUGCCGAAUGUGGAAAGAUUAGAAGAGCCGUGAAAAGAACAAAGAUUGCCGAAGGGAUCUAUGGAAGUACUUUCUUGUAUCUAAAGUUCCUGCUGGUAUGGGCCUUGGUACUAUUGGCUGAUUUUCUAUUGGAAUUUCGGUUUGAGUACCUUUGGCCCUUUUGGUUAUUACUUCGCAGUGUCUACGAUUCUUUCAAAUACCAAGGGUUGGCAUUUUCUGUAUUUUUUGUGUUCAUUGCAUUCACUUCAGACAUGAUUUGUUUUCUCUUCAUCCCGGUUCAUUGGCUAUUUUUUGCUGCAAGUACAUAUGUCUGGGUACAAUAUGUUUGGCACACAGAGAGAGGAGUUUGUCUUCCAACAAUUUCUCUGUGGUUGCUAUUUGUGUAUAUAGAAGCAUCAGUGCGGCUCAAAGAACUUAAAAAUCUACCAUUUCAUUUAGAUUUAUGUAGGCCAUUUGCAGCUCAUUGCAUUGGCUAUCCAGUUGUUACUCUUGGGUUUGGGUUUAAAAGUUAUAUUGGUUACAGAAUGAGGCUUAGAAAGCAAAAAGAAGUGGCCAAAGAAAAUGAAUUUUAUAUACAGUUGUUACAGUUGGCAUUACCAGCCGAGUCUCCGAGUAUAACAUUGGUUAAUUCUUCUGAAAAAGAAAAAGGUUCUAAGACAAAUGAGGAAGUAAUCUCAAAUGGAAUUAAUCAUUGCAAUUCCAACCAAAGCCAUGCAAAGAAAUCUACAUCUGGCGGAAGUUUGCCUAAUACCGGAGGGGGAAAACUGGUUAAUCAGAAUCAAGUUACUGUGACAUCUAGUGCCACAAUAAACUCCACUUAUUCUGAGGUGGAUAUGAGAGACUUUAGAAAACAUAAUAAUGCAUCACAUAUUAUUGAUAGACAUGAAUAUCAAUACAUGGAACAUCAUCUCAUCAAACAACAAGCUAGUGUUAAUACAUAUGAGGACAGUGAUGAAAGUUGUGAACAGGAAAAAACAUCAUUUAAAGUGAAUGACAUUGCUAUUUGUUCAUCACCUUCAGCUAGAGGUUCAUCAAGUAAUAAAUGGGAUCAUCAUUCACAGACUAACAGUGUUAAAGAUAAUUUAACUAAUCAACAGACUAGUAACAGUCGAAGAAAUAGAAGUAACUCGUCCAAAGAAAUGACUGCCAAUAAUUUGAAUGCACAAAAAGAUGAGCACACUUUGAGGUUGGAAUCCGAUAUUAAACGACUUAAGGCAGAUUUACAAGCAAGUCGGCAAUGUGAACAAGAACUGAGAGUACAAAUACAUAACCUUACUGUUGGUGAACGUUCAGUUAAGAAUGAAUUUGCACAGUUACAGCAAGAUAAUGAGAAUUUACAAAAUAAAUUACAUAAUUUGGUUACUGCAAGACAACAAGAUAAAGCUACUAUAAGUCAGCUGGAAAAAAAACUUCAAGAUGAAAGAAAAUUAAGAACUUUAUUAGAGGGUCAGUUGGCUAAUGAAAGAAAAGCUAAGAAAGCUGAAGAAGCUGCUGCAGCAAGAGCAGUUGCUAUGGCAGCUGCAAGGACAGAAUGUACAGAUAGUUGUAAAAUGAGGCGGAGAGAUUUGGAAAAUGAUAUAAAGCAAAUGCGCCGUGAACUGAAAUUACGAGAAGAGCAACUUCACCAAGUGGAGAGAGAAGCUCAGUCACUACGUCAGUACAAAGAUUCUCAUGGAGACACUGAAGUGUUAAUGUCAGCACUAUCUGCCAUGCAGGAUAAAAAUACUCAUUUAGAAACCAAUCUCAGUGCUGAAACCCGUCUUAAACUCGAUUUAUUUUCUGCAUUGGGAGAGGCAAAGAGACAGUUGGAGAUAACCCAAGCAAUGAUAGUUCAGAAGGAUAAAGAAAUUGAUGAACUCAAGUCAAAAAUAGCAGAAGUUAUGGCUGUUAUGCCCGUAACAAGCACCAAUAAUUACCCACCACCUGCUAUUACUCUUGCUUCAGGAAUCGUUUCUUCACUCCUUUACAGUCCUAAGUUUCACACCGAGGAAAAAGUCACAAAAUCAACAUUGGAUCCAAAUGCUUCUGUCUACACACCCAAAGUGGUACCAUCAGACAUGUGAAUAGAUACUUUCUCAAUAAGAAUAUGGUAGAAAACUGGUGCAGUAAUGACUUAUUAUUUCAUUCUGAUUUAUUAUAUUGAACUUUAUCAUCUGAUAUUUCUUUAAAAGUAUAAUAUCAGUGUGCUUGUGAUAAACCUGUAUAUAUAUAUGACUUUGUGCAAAGACUAUUUGUUGUAGUGUAGUAUAGAGACGUAAGAUAUUUAAAUGUUUUCAUAAUCAUUUGUAAUAAUAUUACAUUGACUAUUCAUAAAGAAUAUAAAUUAUUUUGUUUUGUUUAAAUAAAAACAUUUAA